AUGCCAGGCAUAAGCAUCGACGUAACCUGUCACGAGCUGAAUGUGGAUCCGACCUUUAAGCCAGUCAAGCAGAAAAGAAGGAAUCUUGGUCCUGAACGAGCUAAAGCAGUUAACGACGAAGUCGAGAGGUUACUCAAAAUAGGAUCAAUCGCCGAGGCCAAAUAUCCGGACUGGCUCACAAAUCCGGUGGUCGUGAAGAAGAAGAACGGCAAGUGGCGAGUAUGUGUGGAUUUCACCGAUCUCAACAAGGCGUGCCCAAAAGACAGCUUUCCCUUGCCACACAUCGACCGGCUCGUCGAAGCCACUGCAGGGAAUAGGCUGUUAACAUUUAUGGACGCGUUCUCCGGCUACAAUCAGAUCCUGAUGCAUCCUGAUGAUCGGGAAAAAACGGCAUUCAUGCCGUUCGGGCUCAAGAACGCAGGAGCAACGUAUCAACGGCUCGUCAAUAAAAUGUUCGCGGCUCAGCUCGGAAAACCAUGGAAGUUUGCGGUCACCUCGGGAGAAUUCCUCGGCUAUCUGGUAACUCACCGAGGCAUAGAAGCAAACCCCAAGCAGAUCAAGGCGUUAAUUGAGAUGCCCUCACCAAGGACGAAGCGCGAAGUGCAAAGGCUCACAGGAAGGGUCGCCGCGCUAAACAGGUUUAUUUCCCGUUCCACAGACAAAUGCCUGCCCUUCUACGACACCCUCCGAGGAAACAAGAAAUUUGAGUGGGAGGAACGAUGCGAGACGGCUUUCCAGGAAUUGAAGAAUUAUCUGGCGAGCCCACCAAUCUUAGCAAAACCAGUCGAAGGAGAGCCGCUCUUCCUCUACAUCGCAGUGUCUGCUACAGCUGUAAGCGGAGUGCUUAUCAGAGAAGAACGAUCCGAGCAAAAAUUCAUUUUCUACUUCAGCCAGACACUGACCGACGCCGAGACCCGCUACCCCCAGAUCGAGAAGGUCGCCCCAGCCGUCGUAGUCUCGGCUCGCAAACUGCGCCCAUACUUUCAAUCACAUUCGAUUAUUGUGCUCGCUACGCUUCCGCUGCGCUCGAUCCUACACAGCCCUAGCCAAUCUGGUCGGCUCGCCAAGUCGUCUGCAAAGUCACAGGUGCUCGCAGAUUUCCUCAUUGAACUUCCCGCAAAAACAACAAACGAGCCGACUCUAGACGAAGUGUGGACGCUGCACGUCGACGGCUGGUCGUCUAAACACGGCUUGGGAAUAGGAAUCCGCCUCACCUCUCCCACCGGAGAAAUAUUGGAGCAGUCUUUUCGCCUGAACUUCCACGCCUCGAACAACAAAGCGGAAUACGAAGCACUGAUCGCCGGCAUACGACUAGCGCAGGGAAUCGGAGUUCGAAAGAUAAGAACCUUUUGCGAUUCACAGCUCGUAGCAUGUCAGGUCAACGGAGAAUAUGAGGCGAAGGAUGGACGAAUGGGAGCUUACCUCAAGGUGGUCCGAGACUUGGUGCAAAAGUUUGACAAGUUCGAACUCACGCGCAUUCCCCGAGGAGAAAACACCUCGGCCGACGCCUUGGCAGCACUCGCUUCGACCUCGGACCCAGACCUCCGACGGACGAUCCCAGUCGAAUUCAUCGAACGUCCUAGCAUCGAAGAGGUGGAAGGAGUUCGGCUGAUAAAUCCUCCUGAACAAGAACUAGAGGACGACGAAGCCAUUCCUAUGGAUGAAGAUGCUUCACCGGCCGAGCCGGAGUACGGCUGCGACAAAGAAUGGCUCGGAGCUAUCCGAGUGUAUAUUGCCGAUGGAGAGAGGCUCGACGCCAAGAAGGGACGGUGGGCAGACGAACUCGAAGGAGUCCUUUGGUCUCAUCGGACAACUCCGCGCCGAGCCACCGGGGAAACUCCAUUCGCUUUGGUCUAUGGAUCGGAGUGCAUAAUUCCCCCCGAGGUCGAUUUCCCAGGUAUUCGACGAAGAGUUCUACCAGGACAGGAGGGCUUGAACCACUUAAUGAUGCUAGAUGAGCUCGACCUAAUCAACAAAAAGCGCGACCAAGCCUUAAUUCGAAUCCAGAACUACCAACAAGCAACGGCGAGAUACUACAACAAAAACGUUCGUAGUCGAAGGUUCAAAGAAGGAGAGCUCGUCCUCCCAAAGGUCUUCCAAAACACUGCCGAAAAGAACGCAGGCAAGCUCGGAGCAAAUUGGGAAGGUCCUUACAAGGUCACAAAAGUGGUUCGUCCAGGAGUCUACAAACUCGCGACACUAGCUGACAAAGCGAUUCCAAGAUCAUGGAACGCAAUGCAUCUAAAGAUGUAUUAUCACUAA